AUGAAUCUUUAGUUCCUAUCAUCCGUUCAAGCUAUGAGGUUUUACUUUAGCAGUCUGCUAACCGUGAUUGUAAGCUUCAUUUGUUCAGCAAAUGCUGACAUAAACGACUCACAAUAUGAAGCCAAUAGGCGUUUUAUACUGGACACCUUUCAUAAUUCCUCUGUUGAUAACUCAACGAGGGAAGAAAACAUUUCGGAGCUGGUCGCCUUUUAUCGUCGCUACCCCAAUGAUGUUCCCCUAACCAAUGCCGAUAAGGAACAAUUUGAGAGGUUCAUCAGAGAAUACGACGAGUACCGCAAAGUUUUGAUCGAUGGCGUACCGCCACAGGGCGGAGUAAUUGGAUCUAUAUUUGGAAAUUUUUUAGGCAGAGUCGGGUUUCGAUAUGUUGGAUCUCUGUUUAAUAAAAAGAAGGAAGAUGAGAAAAGACGUGGCACCAAUUCAACCGAACUUCCAUUUCGGUUUCAAAACAUUAAUUCAAAUGGUAGCCAACUGCGAACACUUAACAACGAAAAACAUUCAAAAGCUUAAAAAAAACUUUAACGGCUAGCCGGAAAUAAAAUUUGUAGAAAUGUAUUUAUAUUUUUUGGAAUUGAUUCAAAAUUGACAUUUUGAUGAAAAUUGAAAUUAUUAAAAAUUACAUUAUUUUUCUCUACUGAAUAUUUCAACAUAAUAAACAAAUAAUUAA